AUGGCAACUCUCAUCACCAACGUGAACCUUUUUGACGGCCGUGAGUUUCACGGCCCUUCGACAGUCUUCUUCUCCGACGAUGUCAUCCGCUUUGUGAACACCAACUCUGCAAGUGCGAUACCAGAUGACAAAGGUGAAAGCGUCACUGUCAUUGAUGGGUCCGGCCAGACACUUCUGCCAGGUCUCAUCGACGCUCACGUACACGCGGAUCAUGCCUCCGCAGCCAGCGCAUUCCCACCGUUCGGUGUCACGACCGUCCUCGACAUGGGCACGCGCAAGACCACCGAGGAGCUCGACUCGUUACGCCAACGCACUGCUACCGCUGAAUCCAACAACACCCCGCUGCCAUCAUUCCUCUCCUCAGGCCUCUUCGCCUCCGCACCAGGCUCCCGCCACGCCAUGAUGUUCCGCCUCCCUGACGCAGAGCAGGUCAAGUCCCCCUCGGAGGCCGAGCCCUUCGUGCAGGCGCGCGUCGCCGACGGCGCAGACUACAUCAAGCUCAUCGCCGACAUGCCCGGCUUCCCCGAGGAGACCCUCGCCGCGCUGGCCGCCGCCGCACGCCGGCACGGGAAACUGAGCGUGGCGCACGCGGCCAACAGCAUGGCGUACGCGCGGGCGGCGCGCGCCGGCGUCGACGUGCUCACGCACAUCCCCACAGACGCGGUGCUGCCCGACGAGCUGGUCGCGCAGAUGGCGGCCGAGGGACGCGCCGUCGUGCCCACUGUCAUCAUGAUGGCCGGCAUGAUCCCCGUGAUGCAGGCGGCCCGGCCGCAGAUGACGUUCAGCGUGGAGAACGCGCUCGCGAGCGUCAAGAAGAUGUUCGAUGCGGGUAUCCCGGUCGCGCUGGGCAGCGAUAGCAAUGACGCCCCCGGGCUGGCGGUGCCGUAUGGCAGCUCGCUGUACGACGAGCUUGAGUUCAUGGUGAGGGCUGGGCUGACCGAGACUGAGGCGCUGAGGAGCGGGACGAGUGUCUCGGCGGGGAUAUUUGGGUUGACUGAUAGGGGUGUGGUUGCAGAGGGAAAGAGGGCGGACUUGAUUCUGGUGGAUGGUAAUCCAUUGGACGGCAUCCAGGCUAUGAGAAGGCUGAAGAAGGUAUGGGUCGCUGGUGUUGAAGUCAGCCAGCUGGCUGUGUAA